AUGCCGCCACAUCCCUACUGGUCUCCCCCCGAGACGCACAUUCCUGCAUUACCUAUGUACUACUAUGACCCGGCAUUCUCCGGUCCCCCGUUCAUGUUCCCUGCCAGUAUCCCGCCAUCGUCUCCCCCUGGUUUGCCGCUGCAGUAUGCGCAGGAGCCAGCGCACAUUGCCAUCCACUCGCAGCUGCAUCCGCAAGCGCCUGCGUUUGUCCCGUCUGGCCUGACAGCCAAGGCGCUUCCACGUUUGUCGGUUCCGAACGGCUCCCCGUCUCCGUCCCCGGCUCCGCGCAUCGACCCUCUUGCCCAAGCGCUGCGACGUGCCAUGCCCAAGAUCCGCAACUCUCAUCGUCCAGCCCCAGGCGAGCGUCGCCCAUCGCCCGAAAGCAUGGAGGCGUCCAGCAUAAGCGACAAGUUCCUCUACGUCGAGGGUAUCCCUCGUGCCGCCUCCGGCGAUGAUCUCAAGACUACUUUGGAGUCCUUGGGCCAACUCCGUGGUAUCUUCGUACGGCUACAAGCAGAGCAUGGUGUGGUCAUUCUUGCAUUCUACGACAGCCGCCAUGCAUCUCAGGCACUUUCCAAAAUCCAAGAGAAUCCCCACAAGUACUUUGAAGCGCACACACUCUCCGCACGUAUUCCGUCGUACCCCGAACUGAAACAGAUUUUGAGCGAUUCCCCUGUCCUAGUCGACAGCGACUCACGUGUCUACGUUACCCUUGUUGGAAGGACCACACUUCUCGGCCCUCAAAUGCAGGGUCUACUGGCGACAUUCGGUGAUCUCAAGCUCUUCCGUGUCGUAGGAAUGCAUUACAAACGCUUUCACGCCGAGUUCUUUGAUUCGCGCGACAGUGCGCAGGCUAUUGUCACUCUCAAUAACCACAAACUUCACGGCGCUAUUGUACACCUCAGUGCCGACCCCCAUUCGAAUGUUGUAUCCAGCAGCCGCUCCAGCAACGCGGCCGAAGAUGUUGAGCUCGCGAACCUUCUCCAAGCUGCUGACCUCAAAGCACCCGAGGAUGAACACGCAUAUAUCGAAGGCGUUCCCUUCCCAUCCGAUGGGCGCGACGAUACUCCUACGACCCCGAGCAGUUCUGGAAUAUUCGAUCAUCGCGCUCGCUAUGGCCGACGCGCGUCUACUGGCUCCGCUUUCCCUUCAAGCUCUCCGCGCUCGGCUUCCUCGACCGACAACCUUCUAUCAGACGCUCACUCGCCAGGCGUCCCCUUCCCAACCUACCCAGACGACCACAGCCCGCAGGAGCCUUCCCAAGAGCCACGCCGCCGGCGCUCAGUUGCCCAUUCAUUUGACAGCGCCAGCGCCAGUGCAAGCUCCGCGACCUCGCUCUCGUUUAAACUUUUUGGAACCGGUACGAGCUUUGGUAAAGACUCGACCCCUCUGUUCUCGCUCCCGUCUGAUCGCACGGUCUCCACCGCCCCCUCCACUCCUGCCGGUCUCGGUCGUAAGAUGUCCCUGCCUCCGUUCCAGGCGCUUCCUCCGCCAUCGAAUAAUCAGUGGACGUCCGCCGCUGUCGAGAGAGACGAGGAAGACGAGCGGGUCGACGAUCUCGAUGGGUUUAUCCAAGUGCGUGGUAGCCACUCUUCGCGCUCGAGCAGUGGCCUAGGCGGCAGCGCUGCACAUAUGUGCCUUCCUGCAAGCGCUCGGGCCGUCCUCGACCUUCUUCGGGACCCUCCGCCGGAGAGAAACCGGGUCGACAUUGCACGGAUCGAAGCAGGGUUGGAUACUCGUACGACAAUCAUGUUGAAGAAUAUUCCCAAUAAAAUGAGCACCAAGAACUUGAUUGAUUUUAUUGAAGUUGUAACCCCGCGCGCUAUCGACUUUCUCUACCUUCGUUUUGACUUCCAAAAUGAAUGCAACGUCGGCUACGCCUUUGUCAACUUUAUCAACAUAUCCGACCUCUUAAAGUUUAUGAAAGCUAGACUAGGGCGUAAAUGGAACAUGUAUGCGUCCGAAAAGGUCCUUGGCGCGGGAUACGCAAACUAUCAAGGGAAAGAAGCCCUCAUUGAGAAAUUCAAAAACUCGUCUAUCAUGGACACGAGACCUGUAUGGCGCCCCAGGAUCUUCUAUUCAUCGGGCGAACACGUUGGGUUGCCUCAAUCUUUCCCUGGCAAUCGGGAGCAGUAUCCGCCGAACCCGUCGUUCUUUCGCUCACGGCCAGCCCAGUGGGUUGUACACUAA